AUGUGGGAUGUCUUAUGGCAUCAUCUCUACCAGGCCCACCUCCGAUUUAUCGUUUUUUCUGCUUUCCUCGCCAUUGCCAUGGCUGAUCAUCUUUCUUCUCACUAUGAUCCUGAAGUUCACAAACCUGAGGUGGUGGUCGUAAAAGAAACCCCCUCGGACAACAUCGGUCUUGGCAAUUACCAAUUCGCCUACGAACUGUCGGACGGCCAGAAGCGUGAUGAGCAGGCCCAGUUUGAGGCCCGUGCCAACUCAGAAGAGUCGGUGCUCCGCAUUCACGGAUCCUUCAGCUGGGUGAACCCAACCGACGGACAGACCUACACCGUCAGCUACGUCGCUGACGAGAACGGUUUCCAACCCCAGGGUGCUCAUCUGCCCGUCGCCCCUAUAGCUUAA